AUGGCUGCCCGUAUCGACGAGGGGCUCUACAGCCGGCAGCUCUACGUCAUGGGCCACGAGGCCCAGGCGCGCAUGGGCGAGUCCAACGUCCUCCUCCUUAACCUCGAUGGGCUCGGCGUCGAGAUCGCCAAGAACAUCGUGCUCGCCGGCGUCAAGUCGGUGACCGUCGCCGACGACGCGCCAUCGACCUAUAUGGACCUCUCGGCGCAGUUCUACCUUACCGAAGACGAUGUCAAGAACCAGGUCGGCCGCGCCGAGGCCAGCUGGCGCAAGCUCGCCGAGCUCAACCCGUACGUGCCCGUGCACCACCAUGUCGGUGCCAUUGACGAAGCCUUCCUCGAGCAGUUCCGCGUUGUCGUGCUCUGCAAUGCGUCGCGCGCCUACGCGACGCAGAUCAACCAGAUCUGCCACAAGCAUAGCAUUGCGUUCAUUGCGACCGAGGCCCGCGGGGUGUUUGGGUCGGUCUUUUGCGACUUUGGCGAUGCGUUUGUCGUCUCGGACAAGGACGGCGAGCAGCCGAUCACGUGCAUGGUCGCGUCCGUCUCGCCGUUGACCGAGUCGAAGCUCCUCGUCACGGUCACCGACGACGCGCGCCACCAGAUGGAGACGGGCGACCACGUGACGUUCCGCGAGAUCCAAGGCGCAAGCCACCUCAACGGAUGCGCGCCCGUGCCGAUCACGGUCACGGGCCCGUACACGUUUACGAUCGACACCAAGUCGGGGGCGUCGGGUGCAUUUGGCUACGUCACGCAGGUCAAGCAGCCGGUCACGCUUGCCUUCGCGCCCAUGGACGUGGCCACCGAGACGCCGGGCGAGUUUCUCAUGAGCGACUUUGCCAAGAUCGGCCGGUCCGAGGUGCUCCACGUGGCGUUCCAGGCGCUCGACCAGUUUGCCGCGACCCACGGCGCGCUGCCGACGUCGGGUGACAGCGACAUGGCCGCGCAAGUGCUCGCGCUCGCCAAAACCAUCAAGUCGAAAGACGUCGAGUGGACCGAGGCGAGCGAAGCGGUCGUCCUGGCGCUGGCGCGGUCGGCGCGCGGCGUCGUGUCGCCCUUGACCGCGCUCCUCGGCGGUGUCGUCGGGCAAGAGGCGCUGAAAGCGUGCUCGGGCAAGUUUACGCCGAUCCACCAGUG